AGAGUACCUAACCUUAGAGUUUAUGAUGAUAUGAUGAUAUAACUAUCUCAUAUAUAUCAUUAUUCCAUAUAAAUCAUAUAAUUAAAUGUUGACACAUAUAGAGCACUAACUUAUUUACUUUAAGUAGACAUAAUAUUGCUUCUUAUAUGUGUGCGGGCAGAGGCUACACCAAGCAUGCUAAUUGAACACCAUCAAAGCUAAGUUGUUCAAUUCAAGAGAAUACUAAACAUGAAAGCAAAUCCAAUUUUAUUGAUACUAAUAUUUUACUAUCUCUUCAUUUUUCUUGGAGAGUUAAGAUUAUCUUCAGCUGAUCACAUCACUCAAUCAGAUAAUGAGAAUCAAGUUUAUAUUGUUUAUAUGGGAGCUGCAGAUUCAACUGAUGGUUCCCUUCGCAAAGAUCAUGCCCAUGUUUUAAACACUGUGUUAAGAAGGAGUGAGAAGGCUCUAAUACACAAUUACAAGCACGGAUUUUCGGGCUUUGCGGCUCGUUUAUCGAAAAGUGAAGCAAAUUCAAUUGCUCGGCAACCUGGAGUUGUGUCUGUGUUCCCUGAUCCCAUUCUAAAGCUCCAUACAACACAUUCUUGGGAUUUUCUCAAGUUGCAAACUCAAGUCAAAAUCGACAAGACCCUCUCCAAUUCAUCUUCCUCUUCAUCGGACAUUGUAAUUGGCAUGUUAGACACAGGUAUAUGGCCAGAAGCGGCAAGUUUUUCAGACAAUGGAAUGAAUCCUAUUCCAUCCGGUUGGAAAGGCACUUGCAUGACAUCGAAUGACUUCAACUCAUCUAAUUGUAACAGGAAGAUAAUAGGAGCAAGGUAUUACCCUAACCAUGAUACGGAUGAAGCCACGGUGAGGGAUACAUAUGGACAUGGAUCCCACACAGCGUCUACGGCGGCAGGUAAAGCCGCGAGUGGUGCAUCAUACUACGGUCUUGCGGAAGGGACAGCAAAAGGCGGGUUUCCUGAAUCGAGGUUGGCAAUUUACAAAGUGUGUUUUCCAGCCUGUUAUGGUUCUGGCAUCCUUGCAGCAUUCGACGAUGCCAUUUCUGACGGAGUUGAUGUGCUGUCUCUCUCUCUGGGUGCAUCUCCAUUUUUCCGACCAAACUUGACAUCUGACCCGAUUGCAAUUGGAGCUUUCCACGCUGUAGAGCACGGCAUUGUGGUAGUUUGCUCAGCUGGGAAUUAUGGACCAAAGCAAAUGACGGUUGUUAACGACGCACCUUGGAUAUUAACUGUUGCAGCCACCACCAUUGAUCGUGAUCUUCAGUCCAAUGUUGUCUUGGGUAAUAACAAAGUUGUCAAGGGCAAAGCCAUAAAUUUCUCACCUCUUUCAAAAUCUGCUGAUUAUCCAUUGAUAACUGGAGAAUCUGCAAAGACAACUACCGCUGACUUAGCUGAAGCAAGACAAUGUCACACAAGUUCAUUAGAUAAGAAUAAAGUCGAAGGAAAGAUUGUUGUAUGCGAUGGUAUAGAUGAUCGUCAAACAACUAAGGCAAAAAUUAAUACAGUGAAAGAGGUGGGUGGAUUAGGUCUUGUUCAUAUUACUGACAAAGAAGGAGCAGUGGCAAAUAGUUAUGGAGACUUCCCAGCAACUGUGAUUCGAUCGAAAGAUGCUUCCACAAUCCUCCAAUAUGUCAAUUCAACAAGCAAUCCAAUAGCAACAAUUCUACCAACAAUUACAGUCAUGGAUUAUAAACCUGCACCUAUGGUGGCAAUCUUUUCAAGUAGAGGGCCUUCAGGACUUUCAAAGAAUAUUCUAAAACCUGAUAUUGCAGCACCAGGUGUUGCCAUUCUUGCAGCAUGGAUUGAAAAUAAGGUAGAAGAUAUUCCAAAAGGGAAAAAGCUCUCGCCGUAUAACAUUAUAUCAGGAACUUCCAUGUCAUGCCCCCAUGUUUCAGGCCUUGCAGGCAGCAUUAAAUCUAGAAAUCCAACUUGGAGUCCUUCUGCAAUCAAAUCAGCUAUCAUGACCUCUGCAACUCAAAUUAACAAUAUGAAGGCUCCCAUUACAACAGAUUUAGGAUCAGUUGCCACACCUUAUGACUAUGGAGCAGGGGAAAUAACAACAACUGAAUCAUUCCAGCCAGGGCUAGUUUAUGAAACCACCACCAUUGACUACUUGAACUACUUGUGUUACAUAGGACUCAACACAACCACAAUUAAGGUUAUAUCUAAAACCGUCUCCGAUAGUUUCAGUUGCCCCGAAGAAUCGACUCCCGAUUAUGUUUCCAACAUCAAUUACCCUUCCAUAGCAAUCUCCAACUUCACUAGUAAAGGAACCGUGAAUGUGAGUAGAACUGUUACAAAUGUUGGUGAAGAGGAUGAAACAGUUUACUCUGUCAUUGUUGAUGCUCCCAAUGGGGUGAAACUCCAAGUGAUUCCAGAGAAAUUGGAGUUUACAAAAAGUAGUAAAAAACAAAGCUACCAAGUUAUUUUUUCCUCUACUUCAUCCUCUGUGAAGGAAGAUCUGUUUGGAACUAUAACCUGGAGUAAUGGUAAAUAUAAUGUUCGAAGUCCUUUUAUAUUAACUGUGUAGCUAAAUAAAAUAAAAAGAUAAAUAAAUACAAGCUUAGUCUUGUAAAUUCUUAA